AUGAUUGAAGAAAGUAAUACAGUUUGGAAUUGGCAAUUACUUCGAGAUGUAUUCAACUGGGGCAUUUGGAAGGUAUUUGGACAAGUUGCUGAGCCCUAUAAUGACGCCGUUAGUGAAAAUGAUACUAAUGGUACAUUGGUGUUCUUAUUCGCGAUUAGCUUAACAGUGGUGUCAAAUGUACUUCUAUUGAAUGUACUCAUCGCUAUGUUCAACGAGAAGUACCAAAAUGUGCAGGACAAGUCAAACGAACUGUGGCGAUGUCAGCGAUUCUGGCUGGUUGCUGAAUACAAGGAAAAACUAGUUUUACCACCUCCAUUCAACGUUCUCGGCUAUUUAAUAAAAUUUAUGAAAUACCUUUGCUGUAAAAGGAAAAGCAAACAAUUUCAAAAUGACCAGAAUGAGAUAGAUAAAAAUCGUGAAAGAGUUAUUGCUGAAACAUAUUGGCAAGAUGUUUUUUGUGAAGAAGAGUGGAAGAAUAUGUAA